AUGUUAAAUUGGAUAAUUGCUGAACGGUUCUCAAAGUUACCACGACCACCAGUUAUUCAGCCACCUGAGUAUGUUCCAAUGAAAAAUUCGGAUGAUUGCUUUUUCCGUUAUUUCCAUGAUAGCGCUCUUGGUUUGGAUGGAAUAGUGCAGAAAUAUAGUAAAUACGGUGUUACAUUGGAAGACAUUAAAAGAGCAAAUCCUAAUUUAGGAUUUUCAAUUCUUGACGGACUCGUUUUGAAAAUUCCGUAUCAAUGCCCACGCACAAUGGAUAAAUAUUUCUAUAUGGACUCACAAGUCUUUCAAUCAGAAGCUAUUCCUCGAAAUGGAUCGUUGCUUCUUAGCUUCUGCUUUAUGGGUCCACAUUCAAGAUCAAAUGCAAAUCAAUGCGAAGAAUUCAUGUCCCAUGAACAUGGUUUCGACAAAAAUGCUAACAUAUAUGACUGGAAAAAAGCAAAGGAAUUUGCCUUAAUUAGACAAAUUAAACCACGUAGAAGACUUCAAUAUGAUCAGUUCGAAUUAAGAAGAUAUAACAUUGAUGGUAAGAUCCACUAUGCUGUUGUUGAUUCAGCUGGAAAAUUGUAUGAUCCUGGUCGCGAUGUUGUUAAAGAUGGAUAUCCUUAUGAAUCAUUUUAUUACGAAGAGCAUGAUGAUUCUUGGUAA